AUGCUAUACACAAGGUUGUUACGUCACAACUCACAAUUCACCAAGUUUUCAGGCACAUCGCCCAAUCUUGGCUCAAAACCUUUAUUUUCGAAGGGUAAUUUGUACACUAGUCUUUUAGUGACAACACUGUAUGGGACAGGUCUGGCAUGCCUAUAUCUAGAAUCAAAUAGCUUGAAUAAGUCCAAAGAGCAAGAAGAUCCCCAUGCCAUCGCAGAAGACGACAUUGUAAAUAUAGUCCAUGACGCUCCCAAUAGAAUAUUCAAGCCAGCACUUGAUACCUAUCAAGAGAAAGAGCUUGACUUACAAAAGAGUGACCUCCAUAAAGUACUUCAUUCUUUGACGUACAGUGAUGUCUCUCAAUUUUCGAUUGUUUGGGGGUUUCUCAUUCAACUUUCGAGCCUAAUAGGCAAUUCCACCUUAGGCAAAAAAUCCAUUCUUUAUAAGGGAAGUGUCGUUAGUGUUUUAGGGUUCCCACCGUUGAUUUAUAUGGCACUUAAACUUAGGAUGAAACAGCUGGAAAAAGCUGGAGUGCGCUUUGAGUAA